UAUUAGGGUUGUUUUAGGUAUGGUUGCUUUAUCCUUUCUUCCCUCUGGCGCCACUAUCCUCCCUCCAUCGCCACUCCCGCGCAGGAAUUUCCUCGCUCUAGGGUGCCCGCUGCUGGUAGCGAUCGGCAGCGCUGGCAAUGCCGCCCAAGCGGUGAUCAAAUCCAAGGCCGCGGCCCAGGAAGAGAAGCUGCUGGAAUCAAACCAGCGGAUCCAGCAGUUGAAUGGCGUGCCUCCGGAUUUCCCGAGCUUCGUCCGCCAGGGAUUCAAGGUCAAGGUUGUGGCGAGCCCCAAGUAUGUGACCACGAGCACCGGAUUGAUCUACCUCGAUCUGGAGCAGGGGAGCGGCGAUUGCCCCAGCGAUGGCCAGCAAGUGAUCUUCAACUACAUUGGCUACAACGAGGCCGGGAGGAGGAUCGACAGUAGCUACCAGAAGGGGCAGCCAUCCAAGACGCGAUUGGGCGAUGGUGGAUUGGUUCCUGGGUUUGAGGAAGGGAUCAAGAGCAUGAGGCCUGGCGGGAAGCGAAGAAUUGUCGUCCCUCCCGAGCUGGGUCCUCCAGUCGGCCCCUCGACGUUCUUUAGCUCCAAGCAGUUCGAGAUCUUCGACGUGGAGCUCGUCCAGGUGAAGGAUUGCGUGAGAAAGACAGUGGGAUUCUUCUCGGCUCUUAGCUGUGACUGAAAACAAACGAAUUUUUUGUUCAUGGA